UGACAAAUCCGCCAAACGGUUCGGAAGUCUUGAACUUUACCAUCACAUAAUCGUCGGAACAACAAGUUACAACAAGUUACCUACAAUCUUGUGUAAAUCGAUUAAGAUGCUGGCAGCUUCUGAUCACCAAGGGGAGACGGCAAUAGAUGCCGAAGAUUCCCUUCGCCGUCGACGUGAACGGGGCCGGCGGUCUCAAGCUAACUUUCGAAAACGUCAAGCUGAGGCUAAUCAGCACAUACGAAAUCAAAAUCGCAGGCUCAAGAACGCGAUUGAGAAAUUAGUUAAUAUCACACGUGGUGAUGAGCACCUGGAGUUACUCAAUACAAUAUUCGACGUGGCAGAGGCUGCGGGUGUUGAUGCUAAAAAGCCUACGCGGGGUAUCGCCGUCCAACCUGUUCCCAAAGAUGUCACCAGAAAUAAACAAUUACUUAUGUCUGCCGUUGACGGCGAGGAAGACAUAAUUGUUAGAGGUACAUCAAGGGAUAUUGUCCAAAAAGCAAGUCAUGAAGAAAAUCCUGGCUCUAGCUUUACCUCAUCACCAGCAUCGUUACCUUCGCCGCAAAGACUUACAUGCGGUAUAUGGCUAGACCAUCAACACUAUAUGCGGGUUAGUAUACCACCUGACGAUAUCAUCCCAUAUCUUGGCCCUGGGUCCAAGACUUUCGCCGGAAUCCUCUUCUGGUCCAUAAUGGACCACGCCCAGAAGAAAUGUACACGUAGUCACACAGAGACCACUGCUCUCAUUCAAAGGGCACUCGACCAUUCAACAGCGACAGAGAACUGGACCAUUACAUACAUCUACGCGAUGGUCGAAGCGAGGCAGGAGUACAGGCGCACAGGUUCAAUUAGCGCUCAAUAUGCACCGGCUGCAGAACGAGACCUACCAAAUCUGAUGCGUAAUCGAAUCGAUGCAGAUUAUCAUGCACGAGGAAUAGAUCCGAAUCAAUGGUUGUCCGCAAUGGGGAUUGAAGGGCGCGUAAAGAGCAUGAUCGGAAAUGACUCAUUCGCGAUUUUAGAAAAUGCUGCGAAAGGAGAAGGCGAUAUUUCCUUACGGGAUUCGCUUGAGGCCAUGAAAUGCAAGCUCGCCGAAAACUGCGUUUGCUUUGGGGACGGGCCUAGGUGGAAUGUUGACAUUGUUGAUGCGCUGUUUCUGGACUGGGUUUAUAAGGCUUCUAGGCUAUCUUGUGAUUGACUUUAAGGGGGAAUUAGUCAAUGAUUUUCCCACCCAUCAUAGUUUUCAAUUAAAGGUAGUUGUCGUAUUUUAUAUAGAGACAUAAGAAGAAGGCAGGUCUCAAAGACACGACGGGUAGUUAUAAGAG